CGUAAUGCUGGGUUAGUUACCUUUAGAAGUUUAAAACCCUAAGCCACUCCCCGAAGAGAAGCCGCCGCCUUCUUCACCGCCACCGUUCCUAUUCUAGCUAAAAUUCUCCAUUGUUCUCGCUCUCACUCUCUUUCUCUCUCUGUCUAUCUCUCUCGCAUACACACACAAAGCACGGUGCUAUCCUCAGUGGAACAACGUUGUAUCAAUCUCAAAGAAGUAAAACCACACAGAAACAAUGGCUGGUGGUCGAUUCCGCGAACUGAUGAAGAAAUAUGGCAAAGUGGCUCUCGGCGUUCACCUGAGCGUUUCCACAGUUUCCAUUGCCAGUCUAUACGUCGCCAUAAAGAACAACGUCGACGUCGAAGCCAUCCUCGAGAAGUUCCACAUGGGUGCCGUCUCCGACCAGAAAAACUCUAACCCUACCGACGUAGACGCCUCUCAACCUCCUAAGAACCGGACGGCGCAGCUCGCCGCCUCCGCUGGCGGAGCCUUCACGCUUGCGAUCCUCUGCAACAAGGCGCUGUUCCCCGUGCGCGUUCCCAUCACCGUCGCGCUCACUCCCCCAAUCGCAAGGUUCCUGGCGCGGAGGAACAUCGUCAAGAGCGGUGUGUGACCUGGAUUCGGUAAAUAGAAAGGGAAGAAAGGGAAAAGAAGUAGAUGGGAUAGGAAUACCAAUCUAGUGUAUAGGCUUAGGUUUAUUUGUGAUGAGAGCUGGAUAUAUGGUGAUUUUUUAUCCCAAGAAUGUGGAUAGUGGACAUGAUUAUAAAGAUUAUUUGAUCGCUAUGGGUAUAAAGAUUAUUUGGUUGCUACUUGAUUAACCCUAAAAGUAAUGUAUUGAGUUUAAACUGUUGC